UUGUAAUCUGGCACCAUGUUGGUCUCUUAUUGCAUUGAUGUUUAUUAGCAGUAAGCUGGGGAAUUCCCCGGAAAUCAUGGUAUGCUGAACUAUUAUCUCUAUAAGCAAAAAGUACUUGGCAUUAGUGACAUCAUGUCAAUAAUCUUAUUUUUAAAAAACAUCUAGUUUCCAACUACUAAAAGUGCAUUUCGAAAGUUUGAUCAGAAAUAUUAUAGUGUUUCAUUUUUUCUGAAAUAUUACCAUCUCAAGCAGGCUUAAUGAACUGUUUUACUUUCAAAUAUCAUUAUCUUAUAUCGCUUUGUUCAAACUACUUCUAUUCUAAUUAAAAUUUUAGAAAAAAUAGCUUUAUUUCUCUGCAAAUAGAGUUUAUUUCUUUCAAAAGAGGGGUUUAUCUUCAAGCUCAUAUUACUUAAAAGCGCAUCAACAUCAACAAAGCAAAAAGAGUUGGUAAUAAAGUUUAUCAUUUAAAAACGAAAGUUGAUUCAUGCUAAGGAAUUGAUAACAAAAAUAGUCGAUCCAAAAUCAAUUACAAUAAUUAUUCUCCAAGGUAACACGCACGUCAAACAUAGAAAACAGUACGAGGAAUUGUAGUGCAAAUACAUAGGGACUUCCCCUGCGUACGUUUAUAUGAUUACUGGCAGUAAGUAAAGGUUAGAAUACAUGAGGAGAUCGAACACAACAUAUGUAUGGAAAUGACUUCAUUUAAAUGUGGGAUGGUUUAUCGCGCUGUUCCACAUGACUUCGACGAAGAAAAGAAGUUACCAAUAAAAUUUAAGGUGAAAUCGCGCAAAGAGAUAUUGCGAUUUUGGCCAGAUGAUAGUAUACAAAUUCAGAAAAUUAAAGAGGGUGGCUGGUUUACUGCAAAUAAUUUGACCUUUUCAAAACAAAAAGUUGGCCUAAUACAUCAGCAAAACUUGGACGUCUCUUCAAAAACAAAUGUACCAAAUUUUAGAAAUGAAAGGUUAGCCAGUGGGAGCGAUAUUUACGAACCUAUAGAAGAUGUUAAUAUACCUAUAAAGGCAGAGGAAUGGUUCGACAAACCCAUACUGCCAGAUGUUUUGUUAAGAGCUUUCAAAGAAAAUAAUGGCGAUAAAGCCAGCGACAUUGUUUCUUACACAGAAGACGAUUUGCUCAAACCUCUUGAAUGCAACACACAUGAUGGGAAAGUCAAAGUGAGCAAUAUUAGAAGUGGUGAUACAGGAUACGUAUUUGUAUGUGAUGUCUCUCCAUUCUGUUCAAAAAGAUGGUAUCGCGGCAGAAUGUCUAAGUUAUAUGUAGAACUCAUGUUCCAGAACGCAACAUAUGGAACGUUUUUGGUCUGGAAAGUCAACAAUACUCAAUACAUCAUAACAGUAAUGCUUGCACAAGGACAGUUGAAACAUUUCGUAGUUCUCCAAAUGGACAACUGGCUUUUCUUGGACAAAAGCGGAAGCUAUGAUAGUUUUUUCAGCAUAGUCCAGGAAUGCAACUCAGAUGAGAUGCCAAUGCACAAUCCUCUCAAAGUUCCGAAUGCACUUUGUGGAUGUCCUUUCGAAAAUAUCAAGAUGCCAACACAAAGAAAAGCCGAUAUUGUUUAUGUUUCAACGCAUGAUACUAGGCACUACGAAAAGGACACAAACUUUGAAGCUAAAAAUGGAGAUCUUAUAAGGAAAUGUGGAUUUUGUCGAAAGUGUGAGUUAACAAUCGUAAAACGACUUGACAAUUCCAGUUUUGGCUUGUUUAAGACAAUGAAAAAUAAAGAAUGUUUCGGUGUAAGCUGGUAUGCUGGAGAUUUGUCAUUACAAGAAUCUCAACAACUUUUAAAUGGAAAAGAUAGUGGUUCCUUUCUGGUGCUUAAUUGUGAAAAACCGAUUGGACAGUACAUCGUUGCAAUCAGUACAAAUAGUACGGUCGAGUACUUACAAGUAGAAGAUGUUGAUGAUUUUCUGUCGUUUAAAAUCAAUGGAGAGAGCCAUAAUUGCACAUCUUUAUGUGAGGUCAUUCAGGUUUUGCUAUGCCUGAAGAAAAUCUGCUUACCAACUGAAGCCAGUUAUGAUAGAAAUCGUGAGAGAUUGUUAGCAGCUAACCAACAACACAUUACCAGAAUAGGACAUAUGAUAUUUGGUAUGACACGCGAUAAGGAAGAAAAGAAUAUUAACAAUAGCACAGGCUUUCACUACUCCUAUUGCUACGAAACCUCUCCGCCAGCACUGCCAAAACACUUAAUCCAAGAAUAUGCACCUGAUGCUGUUAAAGAAGUUCGUCCGGCACCUGCAGUGAAACGCCAAAAUAAGCCAAAUCUUUCCAACAGUUCUGAAGGAAUCAAUGAGCCAAAAUACUUUGAAACUGUCAAAGAAGAAGAUACCAGCAACACUGAAAAACUGGAACAAGAACUGGUAAAUUUCUUUGAGUGUUUCUCAGUUACGUACUUUUACAUAAACAUGUUGUAUAGUUUAAAUUUUACAGUAUUUUACACAGUACUCCGAUUUCGGAAAUAAAAGUGAAAGUUAUGAGGAUAUGGUGGAAGAAUACUGCAACGAAGAAGUGAAAAGUACUGAGAAAUCAACGUGUUCUAAAGAAGUGGUAUUACUAAAUAAAUAUAUUUAUUAAGAUGAUGUUGUUCCAGAUGAAGUUGUUCCAGAUGAAGAAAAUAAUUUGGACAUGCGAACACGAACAGUGACUGAAGACAUAACUCCAGAAACCAAACUAGAAACACAUCAGCAGCACAACGAGAAGAA